AUGCAGGACUCGGUUCUAUUAGCCCUCGCCGGGGUUAGUUUCGCAGCCCUUGAGCCUAGACAGGUUAUGCACCAGGCUCGAAACCAACCAUCUUUUAUUUCAUCGCGAGAUCUUUCUGAAGCUGAGAGCGAGCCUUGCAAGUUCAUAAGUCAAGCUUAUGAGGAGGCUGAACCUGAGCCUGGAAAGCCUGUUGUUCUUGCUAUUCCCCCCUCUGUUGGUAUUGCUUGUCUCAAGUCUGUUCCUCUGGAUAAGAAGCGGGAUCUCGAGUUGUUGGACUAUCUUGAGCCUUUGAUUGGGUUUCAGAGUACGCUUGAGAUUCUUGCUGAUCCACCGAAGGAGUAUUUGUUUCCUGGUGUAGAUGUUCUUGGUGGCUUUGAUACGAUUCGGAGCAAGUUGGAGAAUAACAAGUACAAGACCCAAUAUGAAGUCAUGACAGAUCUGCGAAGCAUUUUUGCUGCUGCCAAUGAUGGUCACUUUGACUAUCCUCCCGCUCUGCUCAACGCCUUCUACUACGUCCGACGUGGUAUCGAGUUCGAAUCUGUAUCUGCCAACGGUAUCCGACUGCCAUACAUCUUCCAUGUCAUCGAUACCAACCGUGGUAACCAAGGUCUUCUCGACUAUACCCCUUCAGCUGUCAAGUCCAUCGAUGGCACUCCAAUCACUAAGUGGCUCGAGGAGGACGCUUCUUUCGCGACAUCAAACAGCCAAGACCCUGAUGCUCAGUACAACGGUCUCUUUGCAUCCAUUCCUCGUGGCGCUGUUGGAUCAUCUAGCAGCACGCUCUUCACCCAAUUUGAGAUUCCCGAUACAUAUACCAUCGAGUUCCACAACGGCAGCAAGUUGGAGAUUGUCAACCAGCUUGUCAUCCCUGCUACUGUCGAUCUUUCCGGUAUCGAGUCUGGCGAGGAUUUCCAUUAUUACAUCGAAAUCACUCCAACAAACACUACCACCGAAGAACCUUCUGCCAACGAGCGUCGUUCAACCCAAGAGACUGACGAUGAUCUCCCUGGCUACCCCAAGCCUCUCGUCAAACAAUCCAGCAACGCUGUCUCUGCAUACCUUCUCAACGGCAAAGACUAUGAAGACACUGCUGUCCUCUCCAUCUUGAGCUUCUUGCCUAUUGGCAUCGACAUCAGUAACCCCCCUGCUGAUUUUAGUAUGACAAAGUUCAUCCUUGAGGGACAAGCUGUCAUCCUUCAACUCAUCAAGGCGGCCAAGGCUACUGGUCGUGAUAAGCUCAUCAUCGAUAUGUCUGCCAACGGCGGUGGUUCAGUCGUUCUAGCCCACUCCAUCUAUCGCCUCUUGUUCCCUGAAGGAGAGUUCACUGGCUGGGAUCGAUAUCGCGCCAACCCUGCUCUCGAGGCUGCUGCCGAGGUCGACUAUGAUAACCUCGUCAAGUCCUUGAUCACAAGAUCUGAGUAUUACCCCAUCGCUCCUGGUAACAAAUACCUCGAGACAGGCAAGGAAUUUUAUGGCCCUUAUACCGUCAAGGGACAGAAUGUCACCGCAGCCUUCCAGACCGACAAGACUGUCCCCUGGGAUGAGAGCAUUCCUGCUUAUAUCAAUGGCUUCGACCCCGAGAGAAAGCCUUUGGUUGCGGAAGCUCCCUGGAAGCCCGAGAACAUUAUUAUCGUCACUGAUGGUAUUUGCGCCUCGGCCUGUGGUAUCUUGACGGGUCUUCUCACGCGUAAUCACGGUAUUCGCACACUUGCACUCGGCGGUCGUCCUCUCAACCAAGCCAUGCAAGCCAUGGGCGGCGUCAAGGGAACUUUACUCAACUUUAACGCCGACAUCACCAGCGCAAUCACCAAUGUCCGCGAUAGCGCAAAGACCGACAAAGAGACCGUCGCUAUUCUCAGCGACGCAUCGUCCUCAUUCCCCAGCUCGCAAAACCCUCCUCUUCUCCCUCUCCCUGCAGGCGGUGUCGGCAAGGUCAACUCGCUGAACGGUUACACUGAGGAUAACCUCGAGGGAUACCCCGUACACUUUCGAUAUGAGGCUGCAAACUGUCGUCUGUUUUAUACGCAGCGCAUGUUGGCUUCGCCUAUUGAGUCGUGGAGGCGUGCUAGAGGAGUUGCAUGGAAUAACGAACCUUGCGUGUCGGGCUCGACGACGAAUAGUGAUGGUACAAUUGAUUUAUUAAUGAGCCUCCCUAAUUUGUAUUGUCGCGAUGGUUUACGAUCCCGAUCGGUCAAGCAUACCAUGACGUCAGCCAUCUCAAAGCAGGCACAGGCACGCGACAACCACAAGCUAAGCUUCUGUCCCACGUCCCAGUCCAAGAAGCAAAAGUUCAAGACGUUUAUGCGACAAUGGUUUCUUGUCAACUGGCGCGAUUUACUUGCCAUGGCUGUUGUUGGAGCUGUUGCUUUUGGUAUCUACCAUUCUCCUGUCAUCAUCACACGAACGUUUCCUGUCACCUUCGAUGCGACCUCGGGAGAUAUUGUCUACCCCCAAUGGGCGUACCCUGAUCGCGGAUGGAUUCUACCUUCAUGGCUAUCCGGUUUGAUAUCUAUCUCUAUACCUAUCAUCACCUACAUCGCCGCCCAAUCUCGGAUCAAAUCGGCCUGGGAUGCAAGCAACGCCAUCAUUGGAACAAAUUGGUCCGUCAUUCUGGCGUCUCUCUUCCAGGUCACUCUCAAGCAACUUGUCGGUGGUUUCAGACCUUACUUUCUCGAUGUUUGCAUGCCGGAUAUUUCCCUCGCCAAAACACACAACAAGACUGGUCUGAACGGAGUUGGUUACUACCAAAUCAUGUACACCACAGAAAUCUGCACCCAGCCUGAUCAGUCGAGGAUUCAAAAUGCCAUCACAUCGUUCCCAAGCGGACACACGACUGCCGCUUUCGCUGGAUUCGGAUUUCUCUUCCUAUGGCUUAACGCCAAACUCAAGGUCUGGGCAGACCACAAGCCCGCCUUCUGGAAACUCUUCCUCACAUUCCUACCUCUCCUCGGAGCAGUCCUAAUUGCUGGCUCACUCACCAUCGACGCUGCACACAAUUGGUACGACAUUCUAGGAGGCGGUUUCAUCGGCACGAUCAUGGCAUUCGCAUCAUAUCGCUCCACCUAUGCUAGUGUUUGGGACUGGCGCUUCAACCAUCUCCCACUUCAAGAGACGGAGGCUUUCCGGUAUGGAUUCGAUGGAGACCUGGAUUAUGCUGCUCAGACUCUAUCUAUGGCUGCUGGCUGGGGAGGCAAGAAGGUUAGGUUGCCUGAAAGCACGAGUGCCCCUGCUAUCAGCGCCGGGUCUACGCUUCGAAGUGGCGCUGAAGAGAUAGAGAACCUGGAUGCGAAUACUAGAAGGAAGCGAAGGGGACCCGUUGGAGACGAGGCUGUAUAA